CGGAAACCACAACAAUUUUAUUCCCUUUUUCUUCACUACUCCCAUUCCGAUACCGAAAAUCGCAACCAAUGACAACGCAGAGGACGCGACUCCGCUGACAAUUCCGAUUUUACCCUUUCGCCUUUCGAGAAAUCACGUUUCCGUCCUCCGCCGCCGCCGCCGCUAACUCAACGGAGGAGACAUCAUGGAGUCGUCGCCAAUCAACCGUCUCCCGCCGGAUUCGCUCCACCAGAUCUUCUCUUCUCUUCCUCUCCGUCAGAUCAUGAUCUGCAGAUCCGUCUGUAAGUUCUUCAACCAGCUCUUGACCUCUCAGUGCUUCACCGAGAUCAUUUCCACUCGUCCGCCGCUGAAUCUACUCGCUCUCCGGCCUCCGCAUCAUCACAGCCACCGUCACGGAGGUCACGCCGCGGCGAAUAUCCGGCCGUUCAUCCAUGUAUACGAUCCAGAGGAGAAUCAGUGGUUCAGAUUCAAUCUCGAUUUCCUCCCUUUUCGAUUGCCGCAGCCUGUAGCGUCUUCAAGCGGAUUGAUCUACCUCUGGGGAGACUCGAUCGACUCGGUCGAGUCCAGCAAAUCCCUCGUCGCCUGCAAUCCGCUGACUCGUCAGUUCAAGGUUUUGCCUCAGCUAGGCUCGGCUUGGUCACGGCACGGCACCGUUCUGGUGGAUUCGGCUAAUCGAGUCAUGGUGCUCACGGAGCUCGCGGCGCUGUAUUACUCAGGUACGGUGAUGGCUAACCAGUGGUUGAAAUUCUCAUCGAAUCUACCAUCGAAACCUAGAAGCCCUGUGUUGAUGUCGAGCUCGGUUUUCGCCUUGUGCGAUGUUGGAUCUCCGUGGAGAAGCCAAUGGAAGCUUUUCUCGUGUAAAUUGACAAACCUCACAAUCACUCACACGAAUUGGAUUUGCCUGGAGAAACAUGAGUGGGGAGAUAUCUUCGAUAUCAUCAAACGACCACGUUUGCUGCGAGGAAACGGCGAUUCCAAGCUGCUGAUGAUCGGUGGAUUGAAAUCGACCUUCUCGUUGAACCCGGCUUGUUCAACGAUUCUGAUACUUAGGCUGGAUUUAGAGAGCUUGGAAUGGGAAGAAGCAGGAAGGAUGCCUCUUGAUAUGUACAGAGGUUUUCAAGAAUCGAGCAAGUUCAAAGUUUUUGGAGGAGGAGAUAGGGUUUACUUCUCUGCUAAGAGGAUGGGGAAGCUUGCAAUGUGGGAUUGUUGGCAAGGAUGGAGAUGGAUUGAUGGUGUACCUGGUUAUGCAGAUGGAUUGUGUCGAGGGUUUGUGUUCGAUGCUAAGCUUACGAUGAUGAUGCCAUGAAAAGAAAGCAAAGGUUCGUUUAUGUUUACAACAACAUUAUUUGCUGAUUUCUGCGAUUUGUUUGUGCUUUUGUUUAUUGUUGGGUUGUUUCUCUCUUGUCAUUGUUUUUUUGUGUUCUUCUUGAAUCCAGACUUCGUUGCUUGAUUAUAUAUCUCUCUUUCAAAACGGUCUUGACUA